AUGACUGACUUUGCAAAAUCGAUCUUUGGUUUUUCCUCUUUGAAGAGGGAAAUUAGUAACAAUUCAAACAAUGAGCCGUCACAGGGUCAACCCGAGGAUCAAAGUCAACUUCAACUGGAUUCUUCCUCACAAGAUAACAAGCUUGCGUUUUCCAAGAUCUACCCCAAAUCCUUAAAUAAUGUCACCCCUACUACCGCUGAAAAUAGCUCUAUGGUGUAUGGAACCACCUCCUUAAAAAAGCCCGAUUCUCAUCAGACGUCCAAUUUUAACCAGUUCCAGUCAAUGCACCAAAUCCAGGAAAACUAUCAAAACAUCCACCAGCAAUACCAAGUUGAUGCUGGUGACGAUGCUGGACUCAAGUCUGAUGCAUCUCAAUCGAUAGAGCAUCCACCUUCUCAGACUCUGUUCCAACUGUCAGGUGAUUUAGGGAAAUCGAGAAGUGAUUUCAACACUCAUCCGAUCAUCAUCACCACCGACGAAACCGGCCAGAUGAACCAAACCGAGUCGCAGAGUCAUCCCAAAGGUAAGUUGAAGGUGACGAUUUUAGAGGCCAGUAACUUGUUGAUUCAUUCUAACAAUUCUCAGCCGUACGUGGUGUGCACCUUUGAGAGCUCUGAGUUCAUCACCAACGCUCCCGAUUCCUUUAACAACAGAUCAGCCACCACUGCCGGUCGCAACAAUGGCCUGAACCGGCCCAUGUACCAGAGCCAAUCGCUGUCCAACCAUUUGACGAUAUCUGAUUAUAGAGCUGGAAUUUCUAAUCCUGUAUGGAAUCAUGAAGCCAUUUUUGACGUGGUGGGAAACAAGUCGGAGUUGGAAAUCUCCAUCUACGACCUGAGCACAGAUGACUCGUUCUUGGGUCAUGUUCGUAUCCACCCAUUUUUGUACGACCAGAAGCGUAACAAUGGUUCGUGGUUCAAUUUGGCACCUCGAGUGGCUGGUGAACGGGUUUCAGGCUCCAUUAAGAUCAAAUGGGAAUAUUCCAAUCUUCUUAACCACUCCUACGGACCCGAAGACUUUGAGAUUUUGAGAUUAUUGGGUAAAGGAACCUUUGGUAAGGUGUACCAGGUGAAAAAACGGGAUAAUAAUAGAAUUUACGCUAUGAAGGUUUUAAGUAAAAAGGUUAUUGUCAAGAAGAAAGAAAUCGCACACACCAUCGGUGAACGGAAUAUUUUGGUUCGUACUUCAGCAGCUCAAUCUCCUUUUAUUGUUGGAUUGAAGUUCUCCUUCCAAACCCCUACUGAUUUAUACUUGGUGACAGAUUACAUGUCAGGAGGAGAAUUAUUCUGGCAUUUGCAAAAGGAAGGAAGAUUCCCAGAAGACAGAGCCAAGUUUUACAUUGCUGAAUUGGUGUUAGCAUUGGAACAUUUACAUGAUAAUGAUAUCGUUUAUAGAGACUUGAAGCCAGAAAACAUCUUACUUGAUGCCAAUGGGCAUAUUGUAUUAUGUGAUUUCGGGUUAUCCAAAGCCAAUUUGAACAAUGAUGGUACUACCAACACCUUCUGUGGUACCACCGAAUACUUAGCUCCUGAAGUGUUACUUGAUGAACUGGGAUAUACCAAGAUGGUUGAUUUCUGGUCGUUGGGAGUAUUAAUUUUCGAAAUGUGCUGUGGUUGGUCUCCCUUCUACGCCGAAAACACCCAGCAAAUGUACAAGAACAUUGCCUUUGGGAAAGUUCGCUUCCCCAAGGAAAUCUUGAGCAGCGAAGGAAGAUUAUUUGUUAAGAGACUAUUGAACAGGAACCCUAAGCAUCGUUUAGGUUCCCUUAAUGAUGCCAGAGAAUUGAAAGCACACCCAUUUUUCCACGAUAUCGACUGGGAAUUAUUGAAGAACAAAACCAUUCCUCCACCUUUCAAACCCCAUUUGACGUCUGAGCUCGACACCUCUAACUUUGAUCCUGAAUUCACCAACGAGUCAACUUCGGUGCUAAAGAAGCAAAUGGAAAUGGCAUCAACUCCUUUGAGUCCUGGAAUUCAAGCCAACUUCAAGGGAUUUACAUAUGUGGAUGCGUCAGCCAUGGAUGACCAUUUCAGCAAAAGCCACCGUUACAACAGCUUCAGAGCUCCCGGUAGCUUUAUUCCAGGUAACCCUAAUUUACCUCCUGACGAAGAUGUUAUAGAUGAUCAAAUCGACGAGGAAGAUGAAAUGGAUGUUGAUAUGGAAGAUGAAGAGUUCAUCAAUGGAAGAUUCGAUUUGUAA